AUCGAUUUAUCCUUUGCGGCUGGCCACAAUCAAAGGGAUUCACACGAUGCCGCCACCAGCGGUCUUUGUUGCCAGUGUUCAAUACGCUCCGCCUGUGCUGCGCGCAUCCUCGCCAACAAGCUCGAUUGGGACGGAGUAUGGUGCCGACGAAACAUCACUUUCCGAUAGUGAGCUAGGCCAAGCUCAAUUCGAGAGGAAAUGCGAAGAACGCUUGCACUUAUGUGAGCCACGGAGAGAGGAGCUCUCCGAUCCCAAAGACAUUCUCUUACGACGUCGUCCGCAGACUGUGGAAGAGGAGAAGGAGAUAUUCGAUCGCGUCAUGCAAAACCUUCGGCAGCUCGUGAAGCAACUCGAAGACGAUGAGCUGUUUGAGGAAAUCUUACUUCGCGGCACUCAAGUCGGUGAAGAACAACAGCCAUCUUCGGAUGAUAUUGAUUCAAUCAUGCGCGGUCUUAUGGAGACCUCAGUUGGCCCCCUCCCUCGUGCUCAAUUUCACUCGGCUGGUACUUCUUGGCUUUCCAACAUGUCGCAAGGCCUGCAGACGGCCAGUGGUAGCGCUGAUACCAGUGCGACUACCACUGCUAGACGGUCGGGCAGGCCUAGAGGAAAGGCACGGAGAUCGUAGUCUUGGUACUUUGCCGCUAGGAGUUUUUCUUCGUGCAUUUUCUAAAAACGCUUUGCAUCACCAUCCCACUAUGCCGUGGACUGCAUUUCCGAUAAGGCUCCGUAUUGAUGACUUAGAGGAUUAUUUCAGCUAAGUUCCGCCUUGAAUGUGUUCUAUUAUUCUCGCUUCUUCUUCUGUAGUCAUUUGUAAGAUGUAUGAAAUGUCUCCAUGAAUAGCAUCAGUACGUACCGCC